GAAGAAGAAGAAGAAGAAGAAGAAGAAGAAGAAGAAGAAGAAGAAGAAGAAGAAGAAGAAGAGGCGCAUCUCAGGGUGCCCAAAACUUUUGGAGAACCGUCAGAAUCUGAACUCGGUCAAGUGGUGAGAUCUUGUGUCCAGGACCGCAUCAGUGUAGAAUAAUGAUGUAAAGAUGGCGGAGCUACAAAUGCUUUUGGAAGAAGAAAUCCCAGCCGGUCAGAGAGCGUUACUGGAUAGUUUUACGAAUCUCGAAAGAGUUGCUGAUUACUGCGAAAGCAACUAUGUGCAGUCCCCAGAUAAGCACCGAGCCCUGGAGGAGACGAAGGACUAUACGUCCCAGUCCCUGGCCAGUGUUGCCUAUCUGAUCAACACCUUGGCUAAUAAUGUCCUCCAAAUGCUUGAUAUCCAGGCGUCGCAGCUCCAACGCAUGGAGUCCUCCAUCAACCAUAUCUCUCAGACGGUGGACAUCCACAAGGAGAAGGUGGCAAGGAGAGAGAUCGGAAUCCUGACUACCAACAAGAACACAUCUCGCACCCACAAAAUCGUUGCUCCAGCCAAUCCGGAGAUGCCAGUACGCUACAUCCGUAAACCUAUAGAGUACAAUGUGCUGGAUGACAUCGGCCAUGGAGUCAAGUGGUUGCUAAGGUUCAAGGUCAACAGCCAGAAUAUGAAGAUGGGUGGAGGUCUCCCGCGAACCAACCCCCCGACCCAGAAACCGCCCAGCCCCCCCAUGCCAGGGAUGGGUACCAUGGGGCACCACUCCCCCUAUCGGACGCUGGAGCCUGUUCGUCCUCCUGUGGUCCCUAACGACUAUGUCCCCAGCCCCAUACACAGCAUGGCCCAGAAGGAGAGUCCUGUACUCACCACUACAGUUAACCAGCGGACAAACACCUACAGCAGUGGAAGCAGUCACCCCAACUGUCACCCCAACAGCAGUGGAGGCAGUCACCCCAGCAGCAGUGGAGGCAGUCACCCCAACAGUCACCCCAACAGCAGUGGAGAGAACAGUGGGAGUGGCUCUGUAGGAGUACCCAUCGCUAUGCCAACAGCCUCUCCAACAGGGACCUCUCCUCCUGCUACACAAUCCCCACCGUCCGCACCUGACCGCGCCCCUAACACUGAGGCCCAAUCGGCUGAGGCUGUAGCCGAGGCUCCUCUUCCCGCCCAAUAUCCUCUCUCUGCUGCAGCAAUCUCGGCGGAAGUCUCAGAUGCACCUCCUCCUGCAGAGGAGGAGUCGGCCGUGAUUGAGUACAGUGACCCCUACGCCGAGGAGGACCCUCCCUGGGCGCCACACACCUACCUGGAGAAAGUUGUCGCCAUCUACGACUACGCAGCAGACAAGGAGGACGAGCUGUCGUUCAACGAGGGCUGUAUCAUCUAUGUGAUCAAGAAGAACGACGAUGGCUGGUACGAGGGGACUAAGACUGGUACCUCCGGGCUCUUCCCUGGUAACUACGUAGGAUCCAUCAUGCAUAACGCAGACUGAGGCCACCGUCCCUCCAGGUCCCAACCCCAGAGACACACUCUGAACCACAUCCCAGAAGAGAACAGGGAGGAGAUAGCUGUGUACCCAAUGCAUGGAUAACAUGUACCUGUAUACGGGGUGUACAGACUACCAUGCAGACUAAUUAGUGUACCUGUACAGACUACCAUGCAGACUAAUUAGUGUACCUGUAUACGGGGUGUAUAGACUACCAUGCAGACUAAUUAGUGUACCUGUAUACGGGGUGUAUAGACUACCAUGCAGACUAAUUAGUGUACCUGUACAGACUACCAUGCAGACUAAUUAGUGUACCUGUAUACGGGGUGUAUAGACUACCAUGCAGACUAAUUAGUGUACCUGUAUACGGGGUGUACAGACUACCAUGCAGACUAAUUAGUGCACCUGUAUAGACUACCAUGCAGUCUAAUUAGUGUACCUGUACAGACUACCAUGCAGACUAAUUAGUGUACCUGUAUACGGGGUGUACAGACUACCAUGCAGACUAAUUAGUGCACCUGUACAGACUACCAUGCAGACUAAUUAGUGCACCUGUAUAGACUACCAUGCAGACUAAUUAGUGCACCUGUACAGACUACCAUGCAGACUAAUUAGUGCACCUGUAUAGACUACCAUGCAGACUAAUUAGUGCACCUCUACAGACUACCAUGCAGACUAAUUAGUGUACCUGUAUAUGGGGUGUACAGACUACCAUGCAGACUAAUUAGUGUACCUGUAUACGGGGUGUACAGACUACCAUGCAGACUAAUUAGUGCACCUGUAUACGGGGUGUACAGACUGCCAUGCAGACUAAUUAGUGCACCUGUAUACGGGGUGUACAGACUACCAUGCAGACUAAUUAGUGCACCUGUAUACGGGGUGUACAGACUACCAUGCAGACUAAUUAGUGCACCUGUAUACGGGGUGUACAGACUACCAUGCAGACUAAUUAGUGUACCUGUAUACGGGGUGUAUAGACUACCAUGCAGACUAAUUAGUGUACCUGUAUACGGGGUGUACAAACUACCAUGCAGACUAAUUAGUGCAACUGUACAGACUACCAUGCAGACUAAUUAGUGUACCUGUAUACGGGGUGUACAGACUACCAUGCAGACUAAUUAGUGCACCUGUACAGACUACCAUGCAGACUAAUUAGUGCACCUGUACAUACUACCAUGCAGACUAAUUAGUGCACCUGUACAGACUACCAUGCAGACUAAUUAGUGUACCUGUACAGACUACCAUGCAGACUAAUUAGUGCACCUGUACAGACUACCAUGCAGACUAAUUAGUGCGUUGGGGUGUAAAAAGGAGACAUUGAAGAUAAUUGGUGGAGGAGACUUGGAUUACUGACUCAGGAAAAGAGGAAGCGGAAGAGGAGUGGAGAAUCAAGACUGGGCUUCUGCUCACUGUGGACUGAGAGACACACUACCAUACACCAUCGAAGCUCAACAAGUAAUAACUACCAAUAACAAUCAUUUAUAAGACACAUGAAGGAUAAACUGUUUUAAUUAAAAAAACGAUAUUUUAUUCCCUGUGUUUGGAAGGAAAGACGAGUGUUGGGAAGGAAAGACGAGUGUUGGGAAGGAAAGACGAGUGUUGGGAAGGAAAGACGAGUGUUGGGAAGGAAAGACGAGUGUUGGGAAGGAAAGACGAGUGUUGGGAAGGACAGACGAGUGUUGCGAAGGAAAGACGAGUGUCUGGAAGCAAAGACGAGUGUCGGGAAGGAAAGACGAGUGUCUGGAAGGAAAGACGAGUGUCUGGAAGGAAAGACGAGUGUCGGGAAGGAAAGACGAGUGUCGGGUAGGAAAGACGAGUGUCGGGAAGGAAAGACGAGUGUCGGGAAGGAAAGACGAGUGUCGGGAAGGAAAGACGAGUGUCGGGAAGGAAAGACGAGUGUCGGGAAGGAAAGACGAGUGUCGGGAAGGAAAGACGAGUGUCGAGAAGGAAAGACGAGUGUCGGGAAGGAAAGACGAGUGUCGGGAAGGAAAGACGAGUGUCGGGAAGGAAAGACGAGUGUCGGGAAGGAAAGACGAGUGUCGGGAAGGAAAGACGAGUGUCGGGAAGGAAAGACGAGUGUCGGGAAGGAAAGACGAGUGUCGGGAAGGAAAGACGAGUGUUGGGAAGGAAAGACGAGUGUUGGGGUUAUGCUAACUCCUCUAUCCUGAGGAAAAGAAACGAGUGGUCACCAUGGUUAUCUUCAUGGCUUUUUGCCAUGUUCACGCUGCCUAUGUAGGGGUUGGCCGAUAUGUCUCGGAUCUGUGAGUCUGGUCUGCAGGUGCAGAGCACCACAUUCCCUAUGUAGUGCACUAUUUAGGGAAUAGGGUGCACUAUUUAGGGAAUAGGGUGCACUAUUUAGGGAAUAGGGUGCACUAUUUAGGGAAUAGGGUGCUCUAUUUAGGGAAUA